AUGAAGGAUUUUGAAAAUCAAAUCACGGAGCUGCGGAAGGAGAAUUUCAACUUGAAACUUCGCAUCUAUUUCCUGGAAGACCGGAUUCAGCAGAAGUUCGAGGGUCCCCACGAUGACGUCUACCGAAUUAACAUUGAGCUCAAAGUCGAAUUGGAGAGCGUGAAACGGGAGCUCCAGGAACGAGAGCAGUUGCUCCGGAAAGCUUCGAAAGCCGUCGAAAGCCUGGCCCAGGGUGGUGAUGCCGAAAUCCGGCGUCUGAAGCAAGAUGCAGAGAAGAAAGUCCAGGAAGUAGAAGCAAGCUUGACUAACAGGAUCCGGCUUUUAGAGGAGGAUCUUCGAACGGCCCGUGAAGAAGUAGAGAAGGCGUUUGCUUUGACGGAGCGCGAAAGAGUCCAGCGCCUGGCUACGGAAGAGCAGCUCGCCUUGAUCCUCACUGCGCAGGCCAAAGAUAUGGAUGUCACAGCAAUGCUGGAAGAAAAGGACAGGUACGUAGAGCAACUGAGGCUCUCUCUGGAAAGGAAAAAUGCUGCGGUCCAGCUCUUGGAGGAAGGACAGAGAAGACCGUCAGGAGAAAGCCCAGAUCCUAGUGAUGCAUUGAAUGAGGAAGAAGAGAUGGUCUUGGAGGUUCCCGGGACCGAAUUCAGCAGUGAAAAAAAAGACCUUGAAAAAAGGAUUGAGCAUCUCCAGAACGACCUUCGCGAACGGGAAACGGAGCUUUCUGCCGAAAAGAGAAACGCGCUGAAACGAGACAAGACCAUCCAGGGACUCACCCUUGUUUUAAAAACCAAAGAAAAGGAGAAUGGAGAACUCGCUUCUGAAAUAGAAGGCCUGAAAGCGUUGUGGGUCAAGCCUGGAGAGUCCAGUCCCCAAGAUCAGAUGCAGAAAUUCAAGGGUGCCGAAGAGUCACGGGAAGUGCUGAUGGAGAAGGAGAGUCUGCUGGCGGACCUGCGCUCGCAGAACCUGACCAAGGACACCGAGAACCGGAAGCUGCAACGGAAGCUGAAGAGGACCGAGCAGGAGCUGAGCGAGCUGCUUGUCGAGAAGGAGAAGCUGGGCAGAGAAUUAGAAGAAGCUCAGCUGCAGAAGAACCAGAGCGACAAAACCAUCCACGACCUUCGAAACCAGCUGGAAAAAAUUCAGAAUGAGUUGGCGGAAAAAGAAAAAGGGAUGGAGCUCCGUUACCAGAUUCUCUUGAGCGAAGGGGAUCAAAAGCUGCAGAACCAGGAGCUGGUCAUCACACGCUUGACGGACAGCGUUGCUCAGAAAGACGAGCUUCUGCAGACUCUUGAUGGGGUCGUUAAAGAAAAAGAUUUGAUGCUGCAGGAAUGGUCCACUAAGCUUCAAAGCCUGGAGAGAGAUAAAGGGAGUCUUCAGAGACAGAACAAAGUCUUGAUUGAAGAAAAAUGCGCAGCCCAAUCCGAGCAGCUGGUGACCAAAAUGAUGCACGAAUUAGAGAGAACCAAACAGUCCCACUACGAGGAAAUGCUCGAAACUCUUCAAAAAGAACACGCCGUCUUUUCCACUCUGAUCAAAUCCCUGAAAGAUGUCGACGGCAUAAAUAAUCUGCAGGAGGAGCUAAACACCAUCUUGGCCCUGCGGAAGCAACUUGAAGAAGGCAUCCUGGAGACUUGGAAUUUGAGGAGAGCGUUAGAAGAGCAAAUCCAGGACAACAGGAAGGAAGAGGACACCCAUUUAUCUUGGAGCAACCAGACGUCGUACAUGAGCAUCUGCUUGCGGGACCAGGAUCACCGUUGGGACUGUCAAGUUGACCAGCUCUCUGUGGAGGAGCUUAAAAAGAAGUUUGUCGAGCUCCUCGGCGUGGUGAAGGAAAUGCACUGGGUCAUCCAGGAGCUGAAAAAGAAGCCGUUUGACUUCUCCACGUCGGAUCCUUCGGGAAACGAGAAGCAGAAGUCCUUAGACACAAGCGAGCUUCUUGAAAGAACGGAGGGAAGUCAGACUCUGCUGGGGGCCUCCGACGAAGAGGCGAGCGGGCCGAGCGGCGACUGCGCGGAGACGCUGAGCGAGAUCAUCCCUUUAGACUCUUUGGAUCAACCCUACAAGACCCUGAACCCGCCGGACUUUGAAGCCGAGCCGGUGGCUGGCAAAUACUUCGACGGGAGCCCAGCGGCCAACAGUUGCGAGAGUCAGGAAGAGACGUCUUCGCCUGCAGGCCUUCCGAACGAAAACAGAGCGGCAGAAUUGGGAUCUCGGCAAGAAGAGAAGAAAGCUGCAAAUGAGCCGUUAGAGCCUCAGAAAAUCGCCGAGCGAGACAGUUUCAAUGAUGAUCUGGAGAAUAAAGAGGAAGGUGAUCUGAAGCAGCUGAUUAUUCAGCUGAGAACCGAACUCGAACAGCUCAUGCAAGCCAACGUCACGUUGAAGCAACAAGGCGAAUCGCAACCCGCGCCCGGCCGAGACGGGACCGUGCGCGAGUUGGACGUGGAGACGGAAUCGUCCAAAGUGGAAGUGAAGGACACGGCUACCCAGACGGUAACCGGCCCGGACGGCGCCACGAGGCCCAAGCACGAAGGCCAAAGGACGCCGGUCUCUGAAGAUGGAGCCACCCCCCCAUCUUCUCGGUUUGACAAGGAUUGCUGGCAGAGGUCCGUCUCUGUCAAGGCCGAUCCGCAGAAGUCUCUCCUCCUGGUCAGCAAAGCAAACAAAAGCAACUCUUGUUACCAACCCAAGAAAUCUCGCUUGCCUGUUUUACUGAAACCCUCAAGAUCCACGGGGAGCAUCUCCUUAGUGAGCCCCCUGCCCAGGCCAGAUCUCCAGCAUUGUGUCUUCACCCUGGACCAAGGCCUGAAGGGAAGGCCCCUAAGAGAAGAGGCCCAGCAAAGUGAGGCUGAGGGUCAUGGGUCCAACCGGAAAGACGUACGGGAAGAAGACAAACAAGCAGAAACCGAAAGGAAGACCCCCGGGUCAAGACAGUCUGCUUUGCAAGAACUUCUCCCCCCGCUUGAUGUCCCUCAGAAGCAGUGCAGGGACGUCACGGCCACGUUCCGGGAUGGCAACAGCCCUUCUCUUAAGCAGAGCGUCGUGAGCUUCGACGCGUUUGAUUGCGAAGCUGUGGAUGACAUUGAAGACUUGAGGCAAAGGAUCCGGGAUCUGAAGUCUAUAGUGGAGAAGUAUCAGAUGCUGCUGGUCCAGUUUGAUCUGGUCGAACAGCCCCCUCCCAGCGACCCUCUGGACCACCUUCGGAGUGAUGGGGAGAGUCCUUCUCCUGCAGGGUUCAAGGAAAGCGACCAGGAAUGGACCAGCUUCUCCAACGAAACGCAGCUGAAGGAAGGCGUGGAGGAGGAAGAUGCUGGAUCUGGACCCUCAAAUGACCAGACCCUGCAGAAGCUCAAAGAGUUGUUGUCGGAAAACGAGGCUGAACUUGAGAAAGAGCAGAUGGCCAACAUGAAGCUGGUUGAUGAGGUCCAUCGUCUGCACGACAAGCUGAAAAGCCUGUCCCAGGCCGGGCAAGCUCUAUCCCUCUGCCCGUCGCCUCCCGAGCGGUCCCAACGCCAGGAAAUCCACCGGAGCCACCACAUUUGUGCCACGUACCGACAACACCUGUCCAACUUGAUCCGAACUUUCGAAGAUCUCCUGCGGGACAGCGAGGUGGAUUACUACGUGGCCGAGAGCUUCCGGGAGCAGCUCAACCAAAGCGCCCAGCUGUUUGAGAGGCUGGAGCACCAGUGUCUCUAUGGAGAAUCAAUAGAGGAGGACAUGACCAAGCUCUGCCACCUUGCCCAGAGCUUGUCUGACUUCGAGGUAUCCCAACACCUGACUUCUUUGGAGGUGUCCACGCAUGGAAAAGAAGAAGCGGAGAGCGGGAAGGGGAAACCCUCUGCCACCCCAACCAAGUUCCCACCAGAGCUGUUGAUGGAACAUCUCCAAGAAAUACGCUUGCUGAGACAUCGGCUAGAAGAAUCCAUAAAAACGAACGAGCAUCUGAGGAAGCACCUGGAGCAACAGGUCCCGGUUCCCGGCCCGGACCAAGACUUAGCGAAGGUUGCUAUCCGGGGAUCGGAGCAACUGAAUUCCCUGACUUCUGAAAUUCAUUUCCUGAGGAAGCAGAACCAGACUUUGAACGCCAUGCUGGAGAAAGGAUCCCGAGAGAAGCAGAAAGAAAACGAAGCCUUGCGAGAAUCCCUGGCCCAGAAGCGCCUGGCCGUCGAGCGUCUUCAGGAGGACCAGGAGCACCUCAAGAAGGAGAACGAGAAGCUGCGGGAGCAAGUGGGGAAAGGAGAGGCCGAAAACGAGGGUCUGACCCACGAAAUCUACAAUGUCAGGAACGAACUGAACAGGUUGCAGAUGGAGCUGGCCACCAAGCAGCAUCAGCUGUCAGAGAGCGACAAAUUGCUGUGUUCCUUGCGAGUGGAGCUCAAGGUGUACGAAAAGUUGGACGAAGCGCUCCGGAAUGAAAAAGAUCGUCGCCACAACGGAGCAGACGAAUGCUGGAAAGAUCAGAACCAACCUCUUGACUUAGGCGAACUGUUGACUGAAAUCCAGUUCUUGAGGAAGCAGCUGGAGCAGAGCAUCAAGUCCAACCAGAUGUUGCACGAAAAAGUAGAAGAGCAGCUGCGCCUAGGAAAGGGGGAGAAGAACUGCUUGGGGCCAGCUGUGCAGAUCAGUUACCUUUUCGGUCACGAGUCCCAACAACUUCAGACUGGGAUCAACGAGUUGACUUUCAGCACCCUGGACAGCCCCUCCCAUUGCAACCUGUUGACCAAUAAGGCCAGAGAGAUUUGCCCCAUCCCCAGUCACUGCGUGUGGGCAGACAAGAACGGGCAGCAUAUUCUCGGCUUGAUCGAAGAUUACAACUGUCUCCGGAAGCAGGUCACGGAAGGGCGGAAGCAACUGUCCAAACUGGAGCUUCCUCUGAAAGAGGCAGAAGCUCUGGAUUCUGCGGCGAUGGUAAGUGGCGUAGCCGAGACGCUGAAUGGUUUGUCUGCCACCUUCAGGGCGGUCCAGCAGAACCUGGAAGAAGCUGCCCGCCUGUUGAACCUCCUCUGGAGGGUCUCCUUGCCGAUGAAGGUGGUCCACGCUGCGGCUUACUCCCUUCAGGACGAAAGCCUGAAGUCCGAGGUCCUCAAGCUCCGUCGGAAAGUGGCUGAACAGGAGAAGAAGCUCUACAGCAUGGCCAAGCGCUUGUAUUCCACCAGCCAGCUCAAAGAAAACAUGGAGAGGGUCAUCAUAGAUCAGUUGGCGUUAACGCACAACGUUUUAAAAAAGGCCAGAGGGAACCUCGAAGUCCAGCCCUCAGAGAACAAAGCCACCCCGUCCAGCCUCGUCAAGAAAAGGGUUUAAGCGAAGGCUCCGGGUCCUACAAUAAAGACCA